AUGACUCGCAGCUUGAUCUUACUUCUAGCAGCUUCCCUCCCGCUGGCGGGCGCACAAUUCAAUUUCUUUGAUCAGAUGUUUGGGCAUUCCCAACAGCAGCAGCAACAACAACAACCUAGACCUUCUGACAACUCCCAAUGGAUAGCGCAUUCAGAAGCUCUCCCAUGUUCCCAAUACCUGUGCCCAAGUACCCUGACGUGUGUCGAAAGACCGGCUGAUUGUCCAUGUCCCAAUGCAGAGGACAUCAAGUGUACUAUCCCAGACGCUGUAGAUACAGAAGCUGCAACGGUUAUUUGCGUCAGGGGGGUGGAGGAGUGUGCACCAGUCGAACGGCUGACGAGGUCAUAUUCAACGUGA